AUGUCUGAGUCGAAGGAUCAAAUCACCGUCCAGGCAUCUGGUGUAGACCAUGAUAUCUCUACGUCUUCACUGGCUAAGGAUUCUCAGAUUGGUGCACAGCGUUCGAGUUCCCAGGCGGAAGCCUCCGAGCACCCUGUGCAACCUGCGGACCUUGUCGACCAGAAGAAAGGGUUCUUUGGCUAUUUCAAGACCAAAGAAUUCUAUAUCACCCUGGUUCUAGGUCAAAUCCUCGCUAUUGCCAAUACCUCGACGGGUACCUUCACGACUCUACUCGGCGGGGAACAGUGGGCAAUUCCUGCGUUCCAAACCUUCCUAAACUAUGUUCUACUCAACGUCAUUUUCACUCCUUAUACGAUGUACCGUUAUGGUCUCAAGGGCUGGCUCCGACUGGUAUACCGUGACGGCUGGAAAUACAUCAUCCUUGCUUUCUGUGACGUACAGGGCAACUACUUUAUUGUUCUAGCAUACAAGUAUACAACCAUGCUAAGCGCGCAACUGAUUAACUUCUGGGCCAUCGUCGUGGUCGUCGUCAUCUCGUUCCUUUUCUUGCGCGUGCGCUACCACAUCACCCAGAUAGCAGGCAUUGUCAUCUGUAUCGGCGGCAUGGGCGUCCUCAUCGCCUCGGACCACAUCACCGGCACAAACGGUGGAGAAAUCUCACAAGGAAACCAGCUGAAGGGUGACCUGUUCGCGCUGCUAGGCGCAUCCUUCUACGGUCUCACCAACACGGGAGAGGAGUACUUCGUCAGCACUCGGCCUGUGUACGAGGUCCUCGGUCAGAUGUCAUUCUUCGGAAUGAUAAUCAACGGCGUGCAGGCCGGUAUCUUUGACCGGACCUCCUUCCACGAGGCGCACUGGAACGGAAAAGUCGGCGGAUAUCUCACCGGUUACACGCUGUGUCUGACUCUGUUCUACUGUCUCGCUCCGCUGUUGUUCCGUCUUUCGUCGGCGGCUUUCUUCAACGUCUCCAUGCUCACCAUGAACUUCUGGGGUGUGAUCAUUGGCGUCAAGGUCUUCCAUUAUCAUAUCCACUGGAUGUACCCAAUUGCCUUUGUUCUGAUCAUCGUCGGUCAGCUCAUCUACUUCCUUGCCCAGAAGGUCUUGAGUGAAGCUCGUAAGCCCUGGCUUGGGACUAACCAGGAGCGUGGUGUUGUUGGUCUUUUCACUGCGAAGAAGAAGAUCGUGCAUACUAUCCCUGCUGAUGUGGAAUAUCAUGACCAAACCGCCGAGCACAUCCCCGGGCACACUACCACAGUGAACAACAGCUCUGUCUGA